AUGCCGAGACAAGAAAGGAGGAAGUCACAGAAAAGCUGUUCUACGUGCCGGAGGAGGAUCAACACCAUGCGAGGCAGCCUUUCCCAUACAAGACCAGCACGAAGCGUCUGGGAAAUCGCGUUCCUAGAUACGGAGGAGGAAAUCGAGGAAAAAGAGGGACAUCUGGCUCUCCGUUGCCCGCGACGGAACGGCGUCUCGGUUUCCUCUUCGUCUUCACCAGAUGAUGACGAUAACGUGGACGAAAUAUAUGUCCUUCGCUCGGGAGAAAAGUUCGUUUUCCUGCCCCCCCAGACUACCUCUCUGAUAUCAGCAGAAGAUGAAAAGGACGACAGCAUCGAGUUGGUUCCACGAGUAGCCCAUCCGCGUUUCUCUUUCCUCCCCUUUGCCUCUGCUGGAGCUUGA